AACUAUUCAACAAAUCACGAGCUUUGCUUGGGAAAAAGAUAAAAGAGUUUGUCUAAUUGACAUUACAGUAAUCGGGUCCUACUUAUAUCUUUUAAGAUAUUUUUGUUUGCGCACAUGUUGUUACCAUAAGGGGCCAUAUCUUAAUUUUCACAUGUCAUGUCACAUGUAUAUACUUGCAUGCAUACAUAUUUAUAAGUCUUAUCUACGUUCACAUGAAACAAAUAUAAUUAUUUACUCUAUUAGGUAACUAUAGAUUUUGGUACGUAUUUCACACUAAAAAUUCAAACUUAAGACUUAUAAAACGAAGUUUUAAAUGUUAAGACGUAUUUUGAGUACUUUUUGAAUAAAGGGAUAGAUAUAAUUAUUAUUGAACUAAAUAUAUAAUGAUUGAAGCAUAAUUUUAAUUGAAAAAAAAAUUUCAUGAAUCGGUGGUGCUACACCACGUUAAUAUAUAUCAUUUUUGUUAAAAUUAUAUCAUAUAAUUAUGUUCUUGAAAUUGAUUAAUAAAUAGUGAAUAUUUAUUUUAACAACUAGUUAUUAAUGAUCUUUGAUUUUUUUUAAAGGAAUUACGUGACAUAAUUUGAAUGAAAGUGACAUAUACUGACAUGACUUAUAAUCGAUCUUAUCUGCAAUCAAAACAAAAUUCAGAGUUUUAGAGUUUGACUAAGUCAAUCAAAUUGUUAUUGGAUAUAUAGUACUAAUGGAUCAUCUGAAAUUAAGUUGCUGUGGUGUAAAUGGUUUGAAGUUGUGAGUCAAGGAUAGUUACUGACUAAAACGGUAGAUUACAGUCAAAUUGCGAAUAAUUUGCAUUCAAACGUCAACAAAAUGUGAAACAUUGACUCAAAUUUUUCUAUGUUCUAAUUAUAUGGCAGUAGACGAUGACUCUUACGCUGUAUAUUGGUAGGAAAACUAUGACAAAUUUGUCAGGUGGACCACGGAUUCCUGUGCUACAACUUGAAGGUUGUCCCGUCUAGCAGUCUAGAAAUUUUCUUGUCUAAUUUUCUUGGAAGCAUCUGAGUCUGCUAAGUCUAUCAACCUACUUUGGAUAGGGAUAAAAACAAAAGAGCAACUGGGACUUUUGUAUAUGUUCCUUAAUUGUUGGGUACGCAUGGGCGUUUGUAGAGAGUGGACCAUUGAAACUUUGGUAUAUGCCCGAGGUAAUAGAUAAGCCUAGUUGCGAAUUAACAUUAAGAUUCUUCUUAUUCAACUCAGUUGGUUACCUAAAUCUGUCGAGGAAUGAGGGAAUGUCAUUGCUAACGCUAUCAGUGUCAGUCCAUGGCCUAAAACCACCACCCUGUCACCAAGCCAAUGUAGAUGAUUGCAAGAAGGCGUCAACGUUACAGUUAGCGGUGUUCUUUGGUGCACUCUAUACUCUAGCUGUAGGAACCGGUGGCACCAAGCCAAACAUUUCGACCAUCGGCGCCGACCAAUUUGACGAUUUCCAUCACAGGGAGAAGGCUCAGAAGCUGUCCUUCUUCAAUUGGUGGAUGUUCAGCAUCUUCUUUGGGACACUCUUUGCCAACACAGUUCUUGUCUACAUUCAGGAUAAUGUGGGAUGGGCAUUAGGCUAUGGGCUGCCCACGCUUGGGCUCGUGAUUUCAGUUCUGAUUUUCCUGGCAGGCACGCCCUUCUACAGGCACAGGGUGCCCGCUGGGAGUCCUUUCACAAGGAUGGCCACUGUCAUAGUGGCUGCCAUAAGGAAAUGGAAAGUGCCUCUUCCUGGUGACCCUAAAGAACUAUACGAACUUGACCUGGAAGAGUAUGCUAAGAAAGGAAAGUUCAGGAUUGAUUCAACACCCACCCUGAGGUUCCUGAGUAAGGCUGCUGUCAAAACAGGCCCCACAGAUCCAUGGAUGCUAUGCUCAGUAACCCAAGUAGAGGAAACUAAACAAAUGUUAAGAAUGAUCCCAGUAUUGGUUGCCACUUUUGUGCCAAGCACCAUGAUCGCUCAGAUCCAUACGCUCUUUGUAAAACAGGGCACCACCCUUGAUAGACACUUGGGCAGUUUCAAGAUCCCCCCUGCAAGUUUAGCUGGAUUUGUGACAAUAUCUAUGCUUAUUAGUGUUGUCCUCUAUGAUCGAUUCUUCGUCCCAAUUAUGAAAAAGUGGACUAAAAAUCCUAGAGGCAUUACUCUACUUCAAAGAAUGGGAAUCGGUCUGGUUCUUCACAUCAUAAUCAUGAUAACUGCUUCUCUUAUUGAAAGGCACAGACUCAGCGUGGCCAGGGAGCAUGGCUUAGUUGAAAAUGGAGGACAACUUCCACUAACUAUAUUCAUUUUACUUCCCCAAUUUGUGCUUAUGGGAACAGCUGAUGCAUUUUUGGAGGUGGCCAAGAUUGAGUUCUUCUAUGAUCAGGCACCGGAAAGCAUGAAGAGUCUUGGUACUUCAUAUUCAACCACUAGUCUGGGAAUUGGAAAUUUUCUCAGCAGCUUCCUUCUUUCUACAGUUGCUGAUAUCACCAAAAAGCAUGGUCACGAAGGAUGGAUCUUAAAUAACCUAAACAAAUCUCAUCUUGACUACUACUAUGCAUUCUUUGCAAUACUCAACUUCUUGAACUUCAUUUUCUUCUUGGUAGUAAUAAAGUUCUAUGUCUACAAGGCUGAAGUUUCAGAUUCAUUGCAUGCGCUUACAGAAGAACUGAAGGUGAUGAGAUUGAAGGCAUCAAACCAAGAAGAGUCAAGGGCAUAGGUUGAUGGAACAGGUUGGAUAAUGUAGCCCUUGUCCAUAGGGAUGCCGGAGCUGAAAUUCAACUUUUGAAAGUGAAACAUUUGAUCAUUCAGGGCUUUGACAGAGUACUCUUUGGGGCCUGCAUUAUUGAUGUAGCAUUAUAAACCUUUGCUAAUGACUAGAAAGAAUACAAUGUUUUCUAUUCUUGAAAGGAAAAGAAAGGAAUAAUUAUGUGAAGAAAUGUAAAAGUGUGGAGAUAAGGUUAUCUUUUUA